CAAGAAGAUAAAAACAAAAAGAAAUAUUAAUCAAAUUUGAUUUUUUUCUUCAACACAAUUCUGGAUCUGUUAUAAUUAAACAACGUUAUUUUUUAUUAGGGAAGAAGAAGAAGAAGAAGAAGUGAGAAAUAAGAGAGAAGUAAGAAAAAUAAGAAGAAAUAGUUAAAGAAAAAGAAAAAGAAGAAAAAAGGGACAAGUAAAUUAGAAAUUCAGUUUAAUUGUAGAUAGGAAAUUUUCGAUUCAGAAGAUCGAUCAAUUUCUCCUGUUAAAGAAAGAUAAAAAAAAGAAGAAGAAGAAAAACCGAAUUAACAUCGAAACAGCAAUCUCUUAUCCGAGCCAGCCAUAUUGAAUUUCCUUGUGAUUGCUAAAAGCAAAAGAUAACGUUCUUUGGAUUAGUGUUUGUUAAUGUUCCUUUACUGAAUUGGCUAGCUGCUAAAGCUAGUAACAGUCGUUAAAUAAAAAUAGAAAAAGAAAAAGAAAAAAUAAUACGCCGUCGGUUAAGGCCACCGUCGGCGACCGACAACAUGGCCGAUCACGAAAGGAUCAGAUUGGUUGUUUUGGGUGGCGCUGCUGUUGGUAAAAGUGCUAUUAUACGACGUUUAUUAGGACAAGGUUUUACUGAACGAUACAGGCCAACUGUUGAAGAUUUAUAUUCCAGAGAAUGUGUUUUAGGAAAUCUCACUCUUAAAGUUGAUCUUCUCGACACUACUGGGGAUUUACAAUUUCCAGCUAUGAGAAGAUUGAGUAUAGCCACAGCUCAUGCUUUUCUUCUCGUAUACGCUAUUACUUCAUCACCCAGUUUUGAAUGUGUAAAACGAUGUUUCGAGGAAGUUAGAGAACAACGUGCAGAUUUUCAGGAAGUACCAAUAGUGAUUGCUGGUAAUAAAUAUGAUCUAGCUGAAACACGAAGAGAAGUACCGAUAGAAGAUGUCAGCGAAUGGUUAUUCUGCAAAUUACCUAAACUUCGAGCCAAAGUUAUGGAAUGUUCGGCUAAAGAUGGUUACAAUAUCAAAGAUAUAUUUAGGUGUUUUGUAACACUUUCAAGAAUCGUACCAAAAAAUCCAACCGGAGAAUCUGACGAGUCAGGAUUGAGGAGGAGAUGUUCCGCUUAUGGUUCACGAAGAUCCGGCAGCCCAGGUAGCAGAUCCGGAAGUGCUGGUUCCGGUAGUCCUCAGCCACCACAAUCUGUUGCAAAUCAAAAUGUCAACGUGGUACCUUCAGUGGCAACUGAAGAAGUGAAAAGCAAACCACGAAGUCGUAGUUUGAUCAGACGUGCCUCAAGAAAAACGAAGCAACAAAUUCGAGACUCUCAUGCGGAAGAUUGCAACAUCUCUUAAGGCGAUUUAAACGGGGAUAAAAUAAAAAAAAAA